AUGGCCAGUCCGGUCACUGCUGGGAUGAAACACAAAGUGACCCACCAAUCCGUGUCGUCCGUGGUCCGUAGAACCUUCCUGUCGUCCGUGGUCCGUAGUGAGGCCUUCCUGUCGUCCGUGGUCCUGUGUCCGACGUACUUGGUGGUGACUCCGAAGUUGGUGAGAGCCGGGCAGGUGUACAGGUUGGUUGUUAAUAUCCUGGAGCCAUCACCCCCCCUGGUCGUACACGCCACCAUCUUCCGUGACAACAUCGAACUGGCUGCCGUGGCUCAUGAAUGUGACAACGAAACACCGCAAAUCCUGGAGCUUAUGGUUCCCCCAGGCAGCACCAGCGGCAAGUAUCGUCUUCGUCUGGAAGGGAACGAGAUCGGGGGCCUGACCGGUUCCUCCUUCGUCAACGAGACAGUGUUGGUUUUCAGUCCCAGGGGCGCCACUGUUCUCGUGCAGACUGACAAACCUAUCUACAUGCAAGGCGACACAGUUCGGUUCCGGGUGGUGGCUCUGAACACGGCCGUCAAGAUGGUCGAAGAUUCAGUGGACGUCUUCAUCCUAAACCCGUGGGGCGUCUUGGUCAGGCGGUGGAUGUCUCGCCAGUGCCGCGAGGGGCCGGUGUCUCUGGAGUUCACCCUGAGCGAGGAGCCAUUCUACGGCAAGUGGACCAUCAGGGUAGAGGCCACCAACUCCUUCACCCAACACUUCUUCACCGUGGAGCAGUACAACGAGCCCAGAUUUGAGGUGGAGGUACGGGUGCCGACCUUCCUAGCAGCAGACGCGGACUACCUGGAGGGCUUGGUGGUCGCCAACUACACCUCAGGGGCCCCCAUCACCGGCAACGUCACUGUGAGGGGCUGGCAGAACCAUUGGGGCCACACUACCCACAGCCCAGACCUCUUCGUUGACCAGCCCCACACUAUGGCAGCAGCAAGGAGCGGGGUACAGGAAGUGACGGUGUGUUACAAAAAAGGUUACAGUUUUGCAGGGGUCUUUGCCUUUAAGUUCCGUAUGUCAGACUUGGAAGAACUAGUGACGGCGAAGGAGGGGAGAGAGGUGAUGGUGACAGCUAAGGUAGGAGACGCUUACUGGGACGUCAAACACUCCGGCUACGCUGCUACCAGAGUCUUCAACUCAGCCAUCAAACUCGACUUUUUAGGAGAAUCACCCCAAGUUCUACGGCCAGCCAAAAGCCCUCAAGUUUUAUGCUUUAGAAUGAAUUCAAAUUUAUCGGCGACGCAACACGAUGGUUCCAAGGUCCCAGAAUGGCGCCUAUCCCGACAUCGCCUUCUUGUCAGCCCUGAAGUGACGCUAAAUACAGGGGAAAGACGCAAGUUACUCUCCCGUACUGUAAAGAUGACCCACGCUCGCUAUGCUCUGUGGGAAGCCGAGAUAGAUCUACAUGUUGAGCUGACGGACGUGGAGGUUGCCAUGGAGAUUCAGUCACUCCGUCUGAUGCUGAACUGA